AUGGACACCUCAGUCAAGCUUCAUCCCCGGCCAUCUGGUCGCACCGAUCUCAUAUGCAACCCGCUCCCUCAGCUGAUACAAACACCAUCGGGUUUGGCACUGCUCGAACUGCAAGGCAUCAUCAAUUUGCCACAAACCGAUGCUGAGUUACAGGGCCAGUCACCAGAGAUACCCAUUGGUCGUAUACGUUUUCCAGACUACAAUCCUAAUGCUCUAGAUCCUUCAAACACAUCAUGGAUGAAGCAAGUUCAUUUGUACGUCGGUCAGCACCAAAGGUUGACUGGAGAGGUCAAGAAGCUACCCAAGGCUCUGGCCAUAAUACGAAAACGUACCGCCAAUGCGCAGGAUCCCGCCAUGGCAGAUGCUGCAGUGGAGGCGGGGAGUGAAGAUCUAGAGGUGGUGGAAAUCGUGAAGCACAAAAUCGUAUUCUCUUCUCGACCAGAACCUGUUGGCACAAGUUGA